GAGAAAGAGGGAAGGAGAGGGAGAGAAAAAGGGAGGGGGUGGAGAGAGAGUUUUGCAAAUCUAACAAGGUCUGAUCCAAUUAAAGGCCUGGCUUUGGAAGUGUUUUCUAAUUUUUGCAUAUAUAUAUUUUUAAUCUGCGUACAAAGCCUUGUUGGUAGAUACUUAAGCCCUAUGCUUUAGUUUUCCCUCUUUUCACCCUUGCAGCAGAUAGAAGGCAUGAAAAAAGGGCAUCUUCCAAAAUAAGCAGCAAAGUCAUUUUGCUCCUGCAAUUCUUUUCUUGUCCUAGGGAGCUGGAAGGUGGAACUAACCUGCCAAAAGAAAGAGAAUCUUAUCAGUCCACAAGAGAGAGUAAUUGGGGCCUUUCUUUUCUUAGGACUAGUUGAAAGUUUUUGGAAAGUUCUUCCAUCCUUCAUUCUAUCCCUCCUGAUCUACAGCUAGAGAUCAAGGAUUAAAAACAUUUUUUUUCAUAGCUGUAUUUCCUUCUAGCUUUGCACGCUCCAGCCUUUUUGUGUUAAAAAAAAUAAGAUGGGGGGGGGAGGAGUUAUUUUUAAAGUUUUGCAUUUGGCCCUAAUGCCAUUACUGCAAUCCAGGUUUUGUUUUUCUAUUUGCCUAGAAGUUUGCCGAUUCAAUUAUUUUGCUUUUUCCUUUGAGUUCCUGGCUUUUUCUCCUCCCUUUCCAAUCUGUUUUAGCUCAUCACUUAACACAGUUCAGUUGAAAUGAGUAAGGUGUCGCCCUUCCCAGUUUCAGGGAGCAAGGUAACUCCUGAUGUUCGCCAUGAGAGCCUCAGUUGCAAGACCUUUCCAUAUCUGCUGAUAAAAAUGAUCAACAAGUCUCGAUGGAAGAUACUUGGAGUAUUGGCUGUAUUUUUGCUGAUGGUGUGGUAUACAAUAUCCCGAGAAGAAAGGUAUAUACCGCUUUUUGAUUUCCACUUCCAAGAUGAAAAGAUGACUUGUCCUUUCAAAGAAGUAGAAAAGAAAGCUGCACAAUUGAUACCAAAUUAUACACGGGAACCUCCACUGUUUUUACACCUGAAGGAUUAUUUCUGGGUGAAGACCCCCUCCCUUUAUGAACUACCUUAUGGCACGAAAGGAACAGAGGAUGUUCUCCUUCGUCUCCUAGCAAUCACAAGUUAUUCUCUCCCCGAAAACUUUCAAAGAUUGAAGUGCCGGCGGUGUGCAGUAGUUGGGAACGGCUACCGGUUGAGAAACAGCUCCAUCGGAGAAGUCAUCAACAAAUACGAUAUUGUGAUCAGGCUGAACAAUGCGCCAGUCCACGGUUACGAGCGGGACGUGGGCACCAAAACCACCAUGCGUCUUUUCUACCCCGAAUCAGCACACUUCAAUCCACAGACCGACAACAAUCCGAACACGUUGCUGGUGUUAGUGGCAUUCAAACCCAUGGAUUUUAUGUGGAUGGAGACAAUUCUCCAUGACAAGAAGAGGAUUCGGAAGGGUUUCUGGAAACAGCCUCCCUUAAUUUGGAAUGCAAAUCCCAAGCAAGUACGAAUUCUGAACCCGUAUUUUAUGGAGGUUGCAGCUGCUAAAGUGCUUAAGCUUCCAAUGAAACACUUGUGGAAGCUUAGAGAGAAACCAACGACAGGAUUAGUGGCUAUCACCCUUGCCUUGCACUUUUGCGAUGUGGUAGAUAUUGCCGGCUUUGGAUACCCCAGCUCAGACGACAAGAAGCAGAGUAUUCACUACUACGAGCAUAUUACGGUGAAAUCUAUGGCUUCUUCAGGGCACAAUGUCUCCCACGAGGCAUUAGCAAUAAAACAGAUGCUUGAAUUGGGACUCGUCAAGAACCUCACUUACUUCUGAUGUAAGAUGGGACAGCCUUUAUGUUCACGUCGAGCUGGGCUUCUUGCCAGCAAGACAAAGCCCUUUAUGGCUGGCCCUUUCUAACAUAUAACCGGCCCUUCCAUUCCAACGCUGACUGGUGCAGAGGCCUUCGCAGUUCCCUGCAAAUGGAGAUCAGGCUGGAUGGAAGUGUACCGCUUCUAAAUAUGUUGGCAGCUAAGGGUAGAAGCAGUCCUGUAGAGAACCUGGGUGUGACACCACCAGUUGGAAGCAGGAGUCUUUCUUCCUUAUGGGGGCACAGCCCUCUACAGAAUCUUCUUCGCUUGGGCGGUUGCAGAAUUUCCUUUGGCAUCCAACCGAGAGGUUCCUGCGUUCACCAGAGGCACCUUUGGAAGUUCAAAGCAAGAUUGCUGUUGUUUGGCCUCAAAGAAGAUACCAACACAGUUUCCCACGGUGAUAAAGUAAUCGUCCCAUAAAGUGGUUUCAUUAAUCAUUUCUCCCCGUCUCCUGCAAACCAGUAGAUGGGUGGCUAUUUGUUAUUUUAUUUAUCGUAUUGGAUGUUACCUAAUGGGCAAGAGGCAACUGAAUGAAGGAUUAUUAGCUGUCUGCCACCCUAUUUUCCCCGUUUAGAUGAAGACGAGACAAAGUAUGUUGGUUCAAGUCCCUGGGCAAUUCACCUGUUUUAAGGAUGCCCAGGAGAACACGAUUAAGGAUGGUAGAGGAGAUAAUGAAGUUUAUUCCACUCCCAUCUGAUUGGUUGGUUUUAGAGACUAUGAUGAAAAGGAGAAUACCCAACAGUAUUUGCUGAUAGUUUUUAUACCUAAAAUAGUAGAGUUGAAUGGAUGUUUAUUUUUUAUUUUUUUCUGGGCAAAGUGUGGAAAAAGAAAUCCUUCUGUGAAGGACGCGCGUGUGCCCGAGUAGCGCAUCUCCGAUCUUAAAUGUAUGGAGUAGAUAUAUUUCCUUCCCAUCAAGUGGGGAUGACAAGCAGAAUCGACCGAUAAGGCAAAAAAAAAAAAAAAAAAAAAGAGCUAUCCUGGCCAAAGUUAGGCAGGAAAGGAAGGGCAAGAAAGGUAAGAGGAGAAGAAAAGAUCCGUAUUUCCGUAUGGAAAAGGAAAUGGGCACAAACCCGAAGCUGCACAGCACUUUUGCCUGUCUGUCCCAUGGUUAGGAAGGGGGACAAAGUUGUCAUUCAGGACAAAGGCUAAUCUCAGGGGCCUAAAAGGGUCGUUUUGAAGUAAGUUUGCCUUUUCAUAGAGGCAGGGGAGGGCAAGGGGGUCCAGGCAUUUCAGAUGUGCCAGUCUGCUUAGGAUUUGGGUGUAUUCUCUUCUUUCCCUUUAAAUCUCCAACGUGGGGUCAAAGUGUAUUAUUUACAGCUGAUAUAUUAAGUGCACUUGUCCGAUUGAAUAUUGGAAACCUGGCAAUCUUCUGUUUCUCCCUCGAGAGGGAACCGACCAUGUAAACGUACAAGACCACGAGACCAACUCGCCGUAUACCACCUCCGUGUACUUGUGCAGCCAAAUGUGCCUUAGCCAUCUUCGCAAGUGCCCGGCUUUUGAGGGGGCCUGCUGGCGAUGCAAACUCCAGCGGCUGAGGCCAUCCGAUCCAUUGUUAAGAAGAUGGAUUGCUCCGAAGGACUGCCCGUGGACUUGACAGCUGAGAUCGAUUUCCAGAUGCCUCCUUGAAAAUCGGGAGGAAGGAAGGGUUGCUUAUUAAAUGGCGAUUCUGGGGAAGGGGAGGGGUUGAAUCCCGCAAGGGAGUGUUGGAAGUGUCUUUCCUGGCCAAGUGAUACAGCAGUGUUAAGUAAUUUAAUAAAUUUAAUUUAAAACA